UGUAUUGCAACGCUCUGUAAAAAUGAAAAUAAAGGAGCAGUUCAUAUGGCAGAAUCUUCCACUGAAAAUGUAUCUGCCCCUGAAGAGACAUACUCUCCAAUAAGCUCUUUUCCUACUGGAGUCAGAUACCUGAAGACUCUACCAGGAGGGCUUCGUAUUUAUGUAUGCUUAGAUGAUCUGACAAAACAUGAGGUAGAUGUUGUAGUGAACAGUGCCAAUGAAUAUUUAAAACAUGAGCACGGACUUGCUCGUGCUUUGGCAAGAUCAGCCGGACCAACAUUUGAAAUUGAGUGUGACAAUAUUGUACAACAACAUGGGGCAGUGCCAGUUGGAUCUGCAGUCCACACUGGGGCUGGAAAGCUCCCAUGUAAAAAAGUCAUCCAUGCAGUGAUACCUAUCUGGAGUAAAUAUCCAAGUUCAGAAAAUGAUCGAUUACUUUCUUAUGCUGUCAGAAAUAGCCUUGUGUUGGCAAAUGAAUUACAAAUGACUUCAAUUGCCAUACCUGCACUGGGUUCCGGAAAUGGUUUCCCAUUACACAGGUGUGCGGAAUUGGUAGUAAGUACAGUUAAAGCUUUUCACGGAAUAUGGAAUCCCAAAAAUUCUUUAAAAGAGAUCCAUUUAGUAAACUUCAGUGAACCGACAACUACAGCAGUGGAAAAUGCGUGUAAGAAUAUUCUUGGUGAAACAGAGCAAAAACGGUUGCUAUGUAUGGAUUUUGUGCCAAAUAGGAUACGUGAUGUAUUUAAGUUUCAGAAUCUUCACAUAGAACUCAAGAAAGAAAGAAUUGAAGAUCAAAAUUUACUUUUUGUCUUAAAACAGACUGACGUGAUUGUGAGUGCGAUAUCUAGGGACCUAAAUUUGAAUGUGGGUAGGAUUUCUAGCGCAGUUUCAGAAUUAGCUGGUCCAGAACUUCAAAAAGAACUUCAUAGAAUUAAAAAGACAGAACUGCUAGCUUUUGGAGAUAUAUUAAAAACGUCAGGAUAUCGUUUGAGCUGUGAAUAUGUAUACCAUGUAGCAGUUGGUCCUGGUACAUACUUUGAUUCGGAAAAGCUGUUAAAGAAGGUUUUUGCAAAUUGUAUUGAGCUUACAAAAGAAGAUAAGAGUCGUUCAAUUGCAAUUCCUGUGGCCAGUGAUGUAACACAAACACUCAGUUCAAAGAAGAUGGCAAAACUUCUUCUUGAAGAAAUACUCAAUCAUGUGGAAGGCAGUGAUGACUUCCAUAUUAGCACUGUUUACUUUGUGCUUAAUCCAGCAGAAACAGAUGUUUAUGAGGUAAUGGAGUAA